AUGGAGGAAAUUUUGUGUGAGCUUGAAAGAGAUGACAUUAAUGAACAAGGAUUGCCACCAGGUUUCAGAUUUCACCCCACUGAUGAGGAACUGAUAACAUUUUAUCUUGCUUCAAAGGUUUUCAAUGGAAGCUUCUGUGGAGUGAACAUUGCUGAAGUUGACCUCAACAGAUGUGAGCCUUGGGAACUUCCAGAUGUGGCGAAAAUGGGAGAAAGGGAGUGGUAUUUCUUCAGCUUAAGAGACAGGAAAUACCCAACUGGAUUAAGAACAAACCGAGCAACUGGUGCAGGAUAUUGGAAAGCUACAGGAAAAGAUAGAGAAGUGUACAGUAGUGGAUCAAGUGGUGCACUUCUUGGGCUGAAGAAAACCCUUGUUUUCUACAGAGGAAGAGCCCCAAGAGGGGAGAAAACUAAGUGGGUCAUGCAUGAAUACCGCCUUGACGGAGACUUCUCCUGCCGUCACACAUGCAAGGAGGAAUGGGUGAUUUGCAGGAUUUUGCACAAAAUAGUGGAGAAGAAAAAUCCAGCACUGUACCAAAAUUACUGCAUUACCGCCUCUUCUUCUUCUUCACCUAUUACUACUGCCACUGGUUCUUGUUCAUUGCCUCCAUUGCUUGAACCACCACUACCAGGACUGUCAGAAUCGCAGUGUCAAUAUCCAAUGCAAACACUCCAAAAUCAAAACCCAUUUCUGAUUCAUCGUCGCCAAGAAAAUUAUCUCAAAUCUCUGAUAAAUCCGGUUGUUUCUCAAUGCGAUAUCUUCCCCUUAAAUAUCCCUUCUUUUUCACCCACUCCAAAUCCAAACUCAGCGGCUGCAACAGACCAAGAUUCAGUCCUGUUCAAGUCUUUUCUCACGCAUGAAGAAUGCACUUUGAAAGGACUCAACAAUUUUUUUGUCAAACAGCAUGACGAGGCAUUUGCUGCUGCUGCUGCUAAUAUGCAAUGGGGGGAGAAGAUUCCUGAAAGCACUGCCUAUCAGAAUCCUUUGCUUUUUGGCGGAAUUGAAGCCCAAUUAGCUGCUAAUGCUACUACAAUCGAUGAUUUCAAGUUCAACAGACAGGGUUUUCAGAUGGUGCUAGAUCAUCCUGAAGAUUCUUGGCCUAUGGAUCAUUAUAAAUCUUCUAUAUAA